AUGGAUUUACCACAGAGCCUCCAGUCCCUUUCGUUGACAGGGAAUCCACGACGUGGCGUGUCCCAAGGCCAGGAGCCAUCACAACCAGACAACGGUGCCGAGACCAUCAACGUUGCUGAGAGCUCCAACGAUGCUGAGACCACGGAUCCGGAAGACAUCGAUCAUCCGGACGACUUUGAUGAUACCACUUCGGACGAAGACGAUGAACUCAGCGAGGCUAGAUUAGCUGUGUGGUGGGCGCAGCACGACGAGGCACAUCAGAAGAUGGUGGAGCGGCACGCCGAAGAGCGGGAGUUGAUGAGGCUGCAACAGGACCAGGACCAUGGCCAGAGGAUCCAGCAGCAAACCCAUGACUACAAUCGGGCCACCAUGCUGCCGAUGCCGGAGCAGGUUCAACGGUUUGCGGAACUCCGAGAGAAGAACACGCGGGUGGUGCAGGAGACGUUGGAGCGGUGGAACCAGGCGUGGGACCAGAUGCUGAGCCGGCAGGCGGAAGAGCUGAACCAGCUGAUGCAUCAGCGACAGCAAGAGUUCGAGGAGAUGUUGCACCAUUACAGAGAGCAGCAGAUGCAGCUGCUCCAGGACGAGUUUGAGCAGCUUGCGAAUGCAAGGCUGGUAGGGAGGUAA